AACUCUGAGCAAAAGCUAUAUUAUGAGGCAACAAACCAAACUCUACAACGCCAUCUCUGAGCCCCCAAUCCACCACCUUAAACCCUUGGAAGUCACAUAUAACUACUAUUCUCUCUCUCUCUCUCUAUAUCACACUUUACUCUCUCUUUCUCUCUCUAUAUUGAAUUGUUGCAAACAACAUAUCUAAAAUGCAGAAAUCCUUCACUCUCAUUCAAACAGUUGCUGCCGCAAGCGUAUUCUCCGCUGUUUCCUGCUGGUAUGGUUUCAUGUUCGGCAGAGAAUCUGCUCGCAAGGAGCUUGGCGAUUUGAUUGAAAAUCUUCGCCGUGGCGAUUCUGGUUCUGGUUCUCCUCCACAUUCCUAAAUUGGUGCUUUGGUUAAGGAUUGCAACAUCUAGUAUUCUAGUGGCCUGUGAGAAAAAAUGUCGGUCUCAUCCUUUCUUCUUGGAACUGAGUCAGGAAGUGGAUCUUAUCGCUGAAGGUACUUGGGUCUUCAUUGGAAGCACUUUCUAAGCCAGGUGCCAGGAUUGAGAAUUUAUGUUAGAUGUCUUAUUUUAAUAUCCUUGACUGAGAAAUAUUCUUUAUUCCAGAUGACAAUUUGAAAUCUUAAAAUGUUAAGUAUUCACCUAUACAUAAUCUCUAGUGAUGUGUUCUAUUGGGAAGAAAAGUAGUUCAAAGAUGAAUAUUUGUUAGAAAGAAUUUAUGAUUUUUUUUUCAAAUAAAUUAAUCUGUAGACUAUUAAAAGGCA